AUGCGUGUGAAAUUUAUACGUUUUGAAAGAAUGUUGGAUUUAUUGACGGAUAUCGCAAAAGAUGAUUACUUUAAUCGUAAUCCAAAAAUACGUAGAUUAAUAUUGGAACGAAAUCUGUAUCAAUCAUAUCAUUAUUUGAAUAGUUUAAUGGUUGAAUAUGAUGUCUAUAAUAGUAUCUGGAAAUGGUUGGCUACAUUUUCAUUGUUUUGGCGUUUCAUUAUCAUAAAUUUUGUUUCAUUUAUUGCCAUUUUUUAUGAUAUGCCACCAACAUUCAAACUAAUGUAUCGAUCCAUAUUUAUAAGUGAAAAUUUUGCUUUUUUAAUGUUUUUACUAAAAGUUGGCAUUGUACACAUGAACAUGGCUAAUGCUGCUAAACGUUUACGACGAUUUCUUUAUCAUAUGAAUUCUCCAACAUUAUCGUUAAAAAUAAAGACAAUCGAUUAUGUAACAUUUUUACAAGAACCUCAACGAUUUGGUCAAACGACCAUUACUGGACAUCUUAUACAAUUCAAACAUGUGUUUCUUAUCAUAAGAGAAUUUUCUAGUUACUUUCUUCUAUUGGCUAGCAUUUCAAUACGACUUCUUUUAUGA